UGUUAGGAAACAUCACAUGUUUGUGCGCUCAGCGGCCCCCAGAUUAAAUUAUAAAACAUCAGGACAAGCAGGGGGGAAGUACUGGGAGAACUGGACGAGCAGAGAGAGGGACAAGCUGUGUCGGUGAACACCUUAUUAUUAGAUAUUUUGGGAGUUUUUUAGAAAAUAUAUUGAUCACAAUUCUCCCUGCUGAGGAGGGGAAAUGGAAGCCUUGCGAUACGUUUUUCUGCUGGUUUGGGCUUGCUUUAUUUUUCAAGCGGAUGGACGCAAAACAUAUGGCGACAUGUUCCCCCACAAACAUGCAGUAGCAGGGAAGUUACCAUUUCCAAUUCCACCAAUCCCUGGCUGGGAUCCUGACACCAACCCAUGGGAUGAUUACCUCUACCCUCCACUAAACCCAAAGCCAAACGAGCUCAUGCACCACAAAGGUAAACCCAAGGUUCGUCUGACCAGCGACAGUCCGGCUCUUAACGGCUCUUGCAUCUCCUUCACCGCAAAGCUGGAGUACCCACCAUGCCAAAAGGAGGAUACCAGUGGGAACAUUGUAUGGGAUGAGCACUGUGAAGAUGGUACGGAGCUUGAGGCCUCAGCUAAUGGACAGGUGCGUUCUGGCUACGUGUACACCUGGACUUCCUGGUUGGAUGACUAUGGCUUUGGAAAGUGUACAGACUUGACAAAAUGCAAUGUGUUUCCCGAUGGGAAGCCCUUCCCUCAGAGCAACGACUGGAGCCGCAAGAGCUAUGUCUAUGUGUGGCACGCAAUGGGCCAGUACUACGAGACAUGUGACGGCUCCUCUUCCAGUUUGACCAUCAACACCACCAACAUCCCUCUGGGGGCAGAGGUCAUGGAGGUUAUGGUCUACAAGAAACGUGAGCGCAGGAAGUACAGCCCCCUCACCACUGACAACACCGUCUUCUACGUCACAGAUAAGAUCCCAGUGGCAGUCAAAAUCUCCCAGAAGUCUGCGGUCAACCAGUCUCAGAAUGUUUUCUUUCGUGGUGAGGAUGUGGUCUUCAAAGUCCAGCUCCAUGACCCCAGCGGCUACCUCAAAACCGCAGCCGCAAUUGACUACAUCUGGGACUUUAGAGAUGGCAACCAGCUGGUGACACACCGCGAAGUGACCACACACAGCUAUAGCGCACUGGGGAGCAUGAGUGUGAAGCUGGUGGUGGAGGCAGCGUUCCCUGUAGAGUGUCCGCCCACCUCUGCCACCCCGACUCAGAGGACCUCCACGUCUCCACCACCACCCACAGAGGCUCCCACACCUCCACCCGGUACUCAUGCUGGGACCGUCAAGAUGGAAACCACUCACAUGCCACCCACUACCAGCCAGCCCCUUCCCUCCUCCUCGUCCAUUGGCGUGACAAUAGGCACGCCCACCACGGAGCCCCUUCCCCCUACUGUUGCCAAUGCGACGCCAGAGUCCAACCCUACCGCCCUGGCCUGGCUCCGCACCAAGCGCCUCAACAGCAACGAGUGCUACAGCUACGCCUAUGGGACCUUCAUGGGUAACAUCACCAUUAUUGAGCCCAAACACGCACUAAACAGCCAGUCAAACAGUCACAUUGUGGAUGUGUCGGUUGCCAGAGUGACCAACACGGAUAUCAGCUUUCUGGUGAAAUGUCUGGGCAACAUCCCAAUUUCAGCCUGCACCAUUGUGUCAGACCCCACCUGUACUCAGGUGCAUAGCAUUAUGUGUGAUGAUGUGCCACCAUCGUCAAAGUGUGAAGUGCAUCUCAGGCGAACAUUUCUGGAGCCUGGCACCUACUGUGUCAACAUCACCCUGGAGGACCCCAGGAGCCUGACCCUGACCAGCACCACUGUCACCAUCAACAAGUCCCAGGAUACACCUGUAGUGUCCAAGAAUUCACACACUGCAGAGGUGGUGCUCUCUUCGACCGCUGUGCUGGUGGCUGUCUUUGCAUUCAUUGCCUAUCUGGUCUGCAAGCGUUACAAGGUGUACAGUCCCAUUCGUAGGUCGCUGGUGGAGGAUGCCUGCAGCCAUGCUGGGGUAGGAGGUCGCAUGGGCCGUUUGAGGGAGGCGCUUUUUCCCUCCAGUGAGGAGAGCCAUCACCUACUGACUGAGAGACGCCUCCUGUAGGUUCUACAAAACUGCACCCAAGCAUUUCUGCUCUUAUAAGCAAAAAUACGGAAGAAAAACUGUAAACAAAAUGCUAAAUCAAUCAUUCAAAUUUAAAAUUUACUAGAGAGCCUGUUAAACGAUAGACUGAGGCACUGCUCCGUUUGAUCGCCUUGUUUUGGCUCCUCAUUGGAGGUAGUAGCUGCUAGAUGUUAUAGGUUCAAGUAGUGGCUCUUUUCUGCUCAAAAUAAUUGCUUUGCUAAUUUUGUGCCAAGUGCUGUGCCUUGUACUGUAGUAAUAAACCGUAAGAAUUAAAUCCUUGA